AUGUUCCGCCGCUCUCUCCCCUGCGAAGGCCCGAGGGUCGUGUCAUGCGUGGAUGCGCUGCGUGACCUCCGUGAUGGCGCCUCGAUUGCCGUUGGCGGCUUUGGCCGCUGCGGCGUGCCCUUUGGGCUGCUGCGCCAGCUCCGCAAGGACGGCAGGAAGAACCUUCACCUCAUCUCCGCCGUGAAUGGCGGCGGGAGCUGCGUGGCCCUCGGCCCCCUGCUGCGCGACGGCCAGGUGAGGACGAUAACGACGUCCUACGUUGGGCUUGACACCAUUCUCUGCGAGCAGCUGGUGAAGGGAGCUGUGCGGCUGGACCUGUGUCCGCUCGACUCGCUGGCGGAGCGGCUUCGCUGCGGCGGCGCCGGCAUCCCCGCCUUCUACACUCCAACCGGCUUUGGCACAGGGCUGACGCACGGCGAAUUUCCCGUUGCCUUUGCAGGGGACGGCUCCGGCCACGUGACCGAGUACGCCGCGCCCCGUGAGACCCGCGAAAUCGGUGGCCGUUGGUGUGUCCUGGAGCACGCCCUCCAAGCGGACUACGCGUUUGUGAAGGCCUGGAAGGCGGAUCGGCGCGGGAACCUUCGCUUUCGCGGGAACUCGCGCAACCUGAACGCCGCGAUGGCCACCUGCGCCAAGACCUGCAUCGCGGAGGUGGAGGAGCUUGUGGAGGUGGGGGACCUCGACCCAGAGGAGGUGCACAUCCCCGCCGUGUACGUGGACCGCGUCGUCCUCUCGGAAGUCCCCAGAUGUCCUGCGAGCCACGCGCCGCCCGCCGCCAAGGAUGGAGGGCUGGCGGAGCUAACUAAGAAGCAGCAGCGCAUCCUGCAACGUGCGGCGCUUGAACUACAUCAGGACAUGCACGUGAAACUCGGCGUUGGUAUCUCCUCCAUGGUCGCCCAAUUUCUGCCCUCGCACGUGAGGCCUCUCCUACACUACGAGUGCGGCAUGUUGUGCAGCGGCAGGCAGCCGAAAAAGGGAGAGGCCGUGAACGCCGACCUCGCGGAGGCCACCGACGGCGCUGUCGGCGUCGCCGAGCCCGGCGCCUCCUUCUUUGACACCAACGUGUCCGCCGCGCUGCUCCGUGGGGGCCAUUUGGACGUGACGCUUUUGGACGCCUUCCAGGUGUCGGCAUCGGGCAACAUUGCGGGUUGGCAUGGACCGGAACAGGUGCCGUUUAUCGAGACGGGCGCUAUGGACGUCAUCUGCUGCGGUGGUCGCAGCAUCGCGCUCUUGGAGCACACUGGCGAGGACGGCGAGCCCCGCAUUGUUGAGCACUGCGACAGGCCCGUGACGGGGAAGUGGAUGGCUAACACCAUCAUCACCGAUCUGGCGGUGUUUGACGUUGUCUGUCGGGGUGGCAACGCUCGCCAGCUGAUGCUUAAAGAGGUCGCGGAGGGUGUCACCGUCGAGGAGCUCCGGGCGAAAACGGCGGCCCCGUUUCUUUUGCCUGCGGAACUGAAGGCGAUGCAGCACGCGUAG